CCGCCGCCGCCGCCGCCGCCGCGUCCUCUCUCAGCGCUGCGCUCCGCCCGCUGUCUCUGCCGCCGCAGCCCGGCUCAGGAGCGCAGAGCCCCGGGCUGUGGCCCCGCAGCCUAUCCACCCUCCGGGCCGCGUGCCAGCUGCCACCGGCAUGGGGGGCCACUAACAGCGGGCACUCCUUCCCUCUGGCACCUCCCCGGGUCACUGGCCACUGGACCCCGGCCAGCGAGCCUCGGGCUCCUCUGGCCCCCAGUCCGGCGCCUGGCACGGCCCUCUGCUCUGCCCCUCCGGUUCUGAGCAUCGUGUCCCCGCCCCCCCCGCCCGCGCCUGGGACACCUGGGUCCACCGGCGGCCCCGAGGAGAGGGGCGGGGGGGGGCAUGAAGCCGCUGGAGAAAUUUUUGAAGAAGCAGACGUCGCAGCUGGCUGGGCGAACGGUGGCGGGAGGUCCCGGCGGGGGUCCGGGGAGCUGCGGUGGGCCUGGCGGGGGCGGGGGACUUGGCGGGGGCGGCGGUCCAGCCGGGGGACUGCGGCCGCUGCAGCGGCGUCAGAGCGUGUCUCGCCUGCUGCUCCCAGCUUUCCUCCGGGAGCCCCCCGCAGAGCCGGGGCUGGAGCCGCCCCCCGAAGAGGAAGGGGGCGAGCCGGCGGGGGUCGCGGAGGAGCUUGGCAGCGGGGGGCCCUGUUGGCUGCAGCUUGAGGAGGUGCCAGGGCCCGGGCCGCUCGGGGGAGGGGGACCCCUGCGCUCCCCUUCCUCGUACUCCUCUGACGAGCUGUCCCCCGGCGAGCCCCUGACUUCCCCACCCUGGGCCCCUCUGGGCGCCCCCGAGCGGCCGGAGCAUCUUCUGAACCGGGUUCUGGAGCGGCUCGCUGGAGGGGCCACCAAGGACAGCGCCGCCUCAGAUAUCCUGCUGGAUGACAUCGUCCUCACCCAUUCUCUCUUCCUCCCCACGGAGAAAUUUCUGCAGGAGCUACACCAGUAUUUUGUUUGGGCAGGAGGCAUGGAGGGCCCCGAGGGGCUGGGGCGGAAGCAGGCCUGUCUAGCCAUGCUCCUUCAUUUCCUGGACACCUACCAGGGGCUGCUGCAGGAGGAAGAGGGGGCCGGCCGCAUCAUCAAGGAUCUGUACCUGCUGAUUAUGAAGGAUGAGUCCCUUUACCAGGACCUUCGAGAGGACACACUGAGGCUGCACCAGCUUGUGGAAACAGUGGAGCUAAAGAUCCCAGAAGAAAGCCAGCCACCCAGCAAGCAGGUGAAGCCACUGUUCCGCCACUUCCGCCGGAUAGACUCUUGUCUGCAGACCCGAGUGGCCUUCCGGGGCUCUGAUGAGAUCUUCUGCCGGGUCUACAUGCCUGACCACUCGUACGUGACCAUACGCAGCCGCCUCUCCGCGUCUGUGCAGGACAUUCUGGGCUCUGUGACAGAGAAAUUGCAGUACUCAGAGGAGCCUGCAGGGCGCGAGGACUCGCUCAUCCUGGUAGCUGUGGCUUCCUCCGGAGAGAAGGUCCUUCUGCAGCCUACUGAAGACUGUGUCUUCACCACGCUGGGCAUCAACAGCCACCUGUUUGCCUGCACCCGAGACAGCUAUGAGGCACUGAUGCCCCUCCCUGAGGAGAUCCAGGUCUCCCCUGGAGACACAGAGAUCCACCGAGUGGAGCCUGAGGAUGUCGCCAACCACCUUACUGCCUUCCACUGGGAGCUGUUUCGAUGUGUGCACGAGGUAGGAACUAAAGCUGGUGCUGGGCUGGGGACCUGGAGGGAGAGAUGUCCCAACCUGGGCGAGGUCACGCACUGGGUGGCCACCGAGGUGUUGCUGUGCGAGGCCCCGGGCAAGCGCGCGCAGCUGCUCAAGAAGUUCCUCAAGAUCGCGGCCAUCUGCAAGCAGAACCAGGACCUGCUGUCCUUCUACGCCGUGGUCAUGGGGCUGGACAACGCCGCGGUCAGCCGCCUGCGGCUCACCUGGGAGAAGCUGCCAGGGAAAUUCAAGAAUUUGUUCCGCAAAUUUGAGAACCUGACAGACCCCUGCAGGAACCACAAAAGCUACCGAGAAGUCAUCUCCAAGAUGAAACCUCCUGUGAUUCCCUUUGUGCCUCUGAUCCUCAAAGACCUGACUUUCCUGCACGAGGGGAGUAAGACCCUUGUCGAUGGUUUGGUGAACAUUGAGAAGCUGCAUUCAGUGGCCGAAAAGGUGAGGACAAUCCGCAAAUACCGGAGCCGGCCCCUUUGCCUGGAUAUGGAGGCAUCCCCCCAUCACCUGCAGACCAAGGCCUAUGUGCGCCAGUUCCAGGUCAUCGACAACCAGAACCUCCUCUUCGAGCUCUCCUACAAGCUAGAGGCUAAUAGCCAGUGAGAACAGAGGCUCUGGUCGGCGCCCCACCUGGGUGCUCGGGCACCUGGCACUCAAGCACUUUGCACGCUAUCCCAACCCGCCUCUGACAUCUUUUCCCCGGAGCAACUUCCUGCCCCUCAGGAAAGAGUCGGAUGGACUUACCCCUGGGCUCAUAAGCCUGUUCAUCCUGCUGAAGUCCUCUCCCCCUUGCUCCUUCAAACGAAAACCACCCUCUGCUGGGUCCUGCCCUCGCAGGGAAGGGGGGCAGAACGCUCCUUCCUCUGCCCCCCUCCCACUGGGGUCUGUUCAAGAGAUGGAGUUUCCAACCUCCUCUGCCCAUGCAGACAGGAAAGCUGCCCACAUUGUCUGUGAGACAGAGCGGAACUGUGGAAGGGACUCGCAGCCUUCCUCUCUACCCCUGGCCGGCUUCUCCCUGGUCAGGGCUGGGACCCAUGGAUGCACCCCCCUGGAAUAUUAUAUUGCCCUUGUGUCUGUGUGCGUGUGUGUGCGCGCGCGUGUGUGUGCACCUGUCCCCUUUAAGAAGCAGCAGUGCAUCUGGUAAUUGAGGGAGGGUGUUGUGUGUAGAGGGGGGUCCUUCUGUUUGGUGCUACCCUGGUCUACUUGGCCCUGUGAUGGUGUGGGGUGGGGAAAGCACCGCUCCCUGCUCAGCUCCUUGUGCUGCCUCACGUGCCCAAGCCUAUGGGUGAAGCUGCUCGUGGGGCAGGGGUCAGCAUGAGGGGGGAGGGUUACCUGUCAGGCCUUGGGAGUCCUCCACUCAGGCCUCCCCAAGGUCUCUGGGUGGGCUCCAGUGAGAGGGUAAAAGAUGCUCAGGGAAACACAGGUCUAAGCUGUCUACAGGACACUCCCUCUGCAUUGUAGGGUGGGAAGUGGCGGUAUCAGAAGUUGGGGGUGUUUGCUGCCCACACUCCUUCUUUUGGGGUGUCUCACUGCUAAGAAGGGAGCUGUCAUCCCCCUCUUUCUGGUUCUUCUGUGGGACACCAACAACGUGGUCUCUAUCCUUCCUGCCUUGAUUGAUUCCGCCUUGGUCCUCCCCAUCAGAGCUGGGGUGUGGCAGACCCCUGAACUUGGGCAGGCAGUCCCUGGAAGUGAGGGGAGGGAAUAGCCGAGACCCUAAAGGCAACACUGGACUGUGGUGACGCCUUUGAUACCUCUCUGUCUCCCCUCCCUCUCCCACAUGGGCCUCCAGGGCUGAGGGGCGUAGGGCUCCUGGCAGCUACUGGGUGAGGUGUCCUGGCACAGCCUCACCUUCCUUUCUGGCGCCACCUCUUUCCCUUCUGUAGAGGCAGCAGCAGCAGCAACAGCAAAAACAGCUGCUGCUCCUGCUCUGAGGGUAUAUAUAUUUUUUAACGAAAGCUCUGGAAUUGUAAAUUUAUUUUUUAAAACCCAAAAAGGGAAAGAGCCUUGUAUCAUAUGUAAACAUUGUACCAUAGGUUAUGUUGUACAGUCCCUUUUAUACAGUGGUCUGUCUUGUUCCUGCCACAAAAGUUGUCUGUGGGCCCCCUCCCCCUUCCCCCAUAUAUACACUGGCACUGUGUCACACUUCCUCCAUCCCUCACAGACAGUGACCAUAGGCCCCCUCCUGCUCCCUGCUUCCUCCCUGCAGCUUAACCCAUGCCCUCUCCUUCCUCCUGACCCCGCCCAGCAGCUUUCUCAUGCAGCUCCCCCAGCCCUCCCAGGCACUGGGGCCCACUGGUCCAGUCUCAGCUGCUGCUCGCCCCUAGCCUUGACACCUGCCCCGCUGCUCCCCAGCUUUGCCAGAGUGAACCAUGUGUACUGUACAGGCUCGGUCAUCUGCAGAAACUGCUGGCUGGAGAAAAAGUUGAUAAAGUCUAUGAAUCCGGC